CUCAAGCAGCACAUACCUACCCAUUAUCAUCAAUAUCGACAAAAUGGCCGAAGUUCGAGUCCAGGUCCUCUAUUCGUCCGGUCCAUCCUUCGACCAUGACUAUUACCUCAAGACUCAUAUGCCCCUCGUGUCUUCCUCUUGGACCCCAUAUGGCCUUGUGGGCUGGGAGAUCAUCACCUUCCCUGCUGAUGCGCCGUAUCAGGUCCAAGCUAUCUUGAAGUGGAAGAGCAUGGAGGAUUUCAAUGCCGCCGCUACCAGCGACGCAGCCCAGGCGGUUUUCGGUGAUAUCAAGAAUUUCACUACUGCAGAGCCGACUUUACUGAAGGGUAGCGUGGUGGCUAGCGCUUAGGUGGAGUCUGGCCAAGCAGUUUGGAGAAUAUUGUAUGGAGAUGCUUGUCGUGUACAUACGACAAUUAGUCUCUAAUGUGACUCAUACGUACACUACAAUACAACUGCUUGUCUUUUCGAGGCUGCAAACUGUUAUUACGCGGAAGGAAUUG